AUGGGAGAGUUUUUGCCGGCAUUCCCCCACGUUCUUCCACACCUCAUGCGAUCGAGGACUGAUUGUGUUUGCCGACGCGAUUACCAACGUCAGGAGGAGGGAGCGCUUCCGCCGUCGCCGCCGCCUCCGCUGCUGCUCAUCCCUGUCGCAAUCCGAAUCGCUUACACGAUGAAAUUCGCUCAAUUCCUGAGUUCACCUCCGAGUUCGCGCCUGAACUCCGAGAACUCACCUCAAGGAUAUCUCAUGAGACGAGACGACGCGAACCACGACGACGAUGAGGAUGAGGAUGAGGAUGGGACCGCAUAA